CAGGUGUUGGCCGUGACAUGCGACAAUGCGUCCGCCAAUGACGCGAUGGUCGAGCACCUCGAGACCGAGCUCAACGGCUUCUCGCGUGGUGGAGGUCACGUCCGCUGCUUUGGUCACAUCAUUCAGCUUGUGAGCAAGGCGCUGAUGAAGCAUUUCGACGCACCAAAGAAGGACGACAAGCGGAAGGGUGACGACGCGGAGCUUGACGAC